AUGGUCGCUCCCACAGCUCUCCGAAUGAUGCAGGCCACCCGGGCCCGCAUGUUCAGACCUGUUCAAGCUCAAGCUCAGCAGAAAACCGGGGUCUUCGUGUACCGAGAGAACCGGGUACCCUACUACCAGCGUCUGUUUCAGAAACACGAUGGAAAACGACAAUGGUGGAAGACUCACCGAAGCCCAUACCUCCUCUAUCCCUACUACACGGUCCUUUUGGGCAGCUUCACGUUCUCCGUAUACGGCAUGGUCCGCAUGCUUUUCGGUCACAAGACACUGUGGUAG